AUGAGCACAGUAUCUAAGCCUCGGCCGUUGAAGGUGUAUGGAAGAGCUCAUUAUGCUUGUACACAUUGUAAAUCAUCAAAGACCAAAUGCUCCGGUGGUCAUCCUUGCUCCAACUGUAAGAACCUCAACCGGGCCGAGAGUUGUAUUUACCCUACAAGAGAUCGAAAAAUCGUCAUAAUGGAGAGUGAUCUCAACAAGCUCCAUGAUCAAGUUAAGUAUUGGGAAACCGUAUUUUCAGGGGGCACCACAGGAGGUCAAAGGCCCGACUCAUUUGCAGAUAUUGAGCCAAGCAGAGCAAACAAUAUUAUCCAAGAACGGUUGAAUGAGGAAACAAAGGAGUUUUUGUUCAAUAGUCAGGGUCUAGAAGACUACCUUGUAUCUGAUGAUGCCAAUGAGACCAUCAAGUGGAAACUACUCACUUUUAUAAGUGAACGAAUUCCUUCAAGAGAUGUCACCCAACGUCUCAUUCAUACAGUUGUUGAUAAUUAUGCCAACGAAUUCUACUUAGUGGAUCAGACUGCUUAUCCGGAAAUUGUGGAUAAUGUCUAUAUGUUGCUUGAUGCCAUCAAUAACAAACAAGAAACAAUUGCACGUCGCCUUAAUUCCAAGGUCAAGCGCUAUCAUUUAUGCUAUUUCUUCAGCUUGAUAGCCUAUGGUGAACAAAUUUCAAAUCUGAUAACAUCACACGAUGCAAUUCCUGGAAUGCAAUUUUACAUGUUGGGCUCGGAGUUACUCAACUUGACCCAUGAGGUUGUCGGUUUUGAGUUCAUUCAAGCCUCCAUUUUAUUGGCAUUAUAUUCAGCCAACUUAAAUCGUUAUAACACAGUUUAUAACUACUUUGGGGUAGCAAUUAGAUCGGCCAUUUCUCAAGGGUUCCACCGCCAACCUACCCAUUCACUAUCUACUGAUCCUGACUUGUUGGUCCGCAAUGAGAAACUGAAAAGACUCUGGUGGACAGUUUAUGUCACUGAUGCUACUUGGACAGCAAAAUUGAAUCUUCCAUCACAGAUUGAUUAUAGUGAAACGGAUGUCGAUUUACCUGGUGAGAAUUCUAUUGAUCUUGCCGAUGGGUUUGAACUUAACCUUUUGGAUGUCAAUGUUCAGUUAGCCAAGCAUAUUUCCAAAUCGGUCGAAAAAAUAUAUGGUGCCAAUAUGAGAACAUUUUCAGUAAAUUAUAUUAAUACCGACCAGUUCACCCGGAAAACACAGAUUCAAAGUGUUAUGACUUGCUUCAAGGAAGUCGUCAAAGACUUUGAAGUACCUUACUUGUUCCAGUACAAAAACUGUAAUGUUAUUGAACAGUUGGGACGUAAAUUGGUCAAUCUAUUCUUGCGGUUUAAUCUAUUAAUUGCUAUGAUUUCCAAGCCGUUGAUUCUGUUGAUUUUUAACACUUCCCAUACAAGUAUCUUUGAUGAGCCUGCAGAAGUAGAAAUUAUUGUCAAUAGAGCCAUCGCUUCCUCAAUUGCAAACAUCAACCUUUUAAUCAAACUUUACGAGGUUGAUAGACUUUUUACAAUUGGGUUUUUCGACAGUCAAUAUUUGUUCACUGGACUCCUAAUUAUCAUUAUGUCAUCCAUUACGGACCGGCAUUGCCUUGAAAUUGUCAACAAAGCUAUUGCCUUGCUUAGGCACAUGGCGAACAGUGGUAAUAUUAAUGCUAAGAAUGCUAUGAAGAAGUUGGCACAGGUGAAUGAUUUUUUAUCUAAAACCCCAGAAAUAGACUUUUCCUUGAACUUAGAUUUGGAUAUUCGUGAUAUGGUACCUGUUUCUAAGUCUUUUGAUAUUCAAUCCCAUUACUAUAAUCCCUAUGAAGAUUUUUCGUGUUCAUCAUUAGCAAAUUUCAAGAUUUAUAAACCUACUCCCCCAAUAAUUGAAAGACCUGCUUCACUUCGAGUACAAAUGCUUAACCCAAACACAGAGCUUAAAAACCAUCAAAUUCAAUCACGUAUAGAAGAAUCGGCUGCCCUGGCUGGUGAUGAAGAAGCCAAUCCCCCGGCGUUUUUCGCCUCAUCUGUUCCUGUAAAUGAGUCGGUUGCUCCACCAAAUAUAAGAGAAAAUGAUUAUGGACAAUCAAACUCGUUCUACAAUUAUAAUUAUGAUGAGCUUUCACCAGAUGUUUUCACCAACAAUAGAGUGUCUAAUUUGAGUGGAGCAUCACAAAAUACUCUUCUCACCAUGAUGAACAAUCUUCAGAGUCAAGACUACAUAAAUUUUUAA